UCUGGACAGAUUCCGCGCAUGCGCACUGUGUGGUUUGUCUGCGUGUCAUGUUGAUGAAUGCUGAAACUGGGUAGUCAACAUGUCCACCGCUGCUGCUCAACGGAACAAUAACGAGGAGUCCGGGCUUCACGGCUCUUGGGUUGAGCUGGAGAUGAAUGGGAACACAGGGGCCCAAGGCUCUGUGGAGACCAGCCUGCAAGUAGCACCAGCUGCAGACGAAGUAAAUGCGAAUGACGGCAUGAGUCAGACCCUGCAGACCUUAGAAGUGGUGCCUGAGAGUGAUGAAACCUUUAUUGGAGGACUGGAGCAUGUGCCAUCGUCUUCCUCUAUCCACAAUGGAGAUAUGGAAAAGAUUCUCCUGGAUGCACAGCAUGAAUCCAGCCCUAGUAACUCCGCCUGUGAUAGCCCUCACAGGCCACCAAGUCCAGACCCGGAUGAUGGUCAGAUAACUUUUGAUGUUGAAAUGCCAAGCUCAAGAGGUAGUCAGUCAGAGGAAGAGGGUCAAGAGCCGGAUAAAGAGGAAGACAUCUUAAUGAACAAAGAUGUAGACUGGGUCGCUCAUUGGUCAAGCAGACCAGAAAACAUUCCACCAAAGGAGUUUCACUUCAGGCACCCCAGACGUUCAGUCUCUCUCAGUAUGAGGAAGAGUGGAGCCAUGAAGAAAGGGGGCAUCUUCUCUGCUGAGUUCCUAAAAGUUUUUAUCCCUUCCUUACUCAUCUCACACAUCCUCGCUCUCGGUAUCGGUGUGUACAUUGGGAAGAGGAUUGCCACAGCCCCCACCAGCUCCUACUGAAUAGAAGUUGAAGCAGUGCCUGGAUGCUCUCCUGUCUCCCCAAGACUCCCCACCAUCCUUGUGUAGUUCAGAUGUCUCCUCGCAUCUAUUGUAAAACCUCCAUUUCUCCUCCAAUCACAUUGUAGCUAUAGAAUUGUACACAUGACAAAACGUUGCCGCACUCCAUCACAUCUUGACACAGGGCAACACUGUUAUAAGUCAUUAACUUGAAUCCAGUAGAUAACAGACCCUGUUACAGCCGGAAAGAUAUUAGUCAUACUUUUAAACUCCAGAAUAUGUGACAAGAAUUUGAUGUCCGGUGGCUUCAGGGUUGAAGUUUUUCUACUUGUUUUGAUGUUUUGUCAUGUGAAAUUUGGCCUUUCUCCCGAGCUGCAUCUCUCUGCUGGAGUCUCAGUAGGCAGAGUGUAUGAACCAAAAAUGUUAGCCAUACCUGCAAUACCAAGAAACUGAAUUGGCUCUUGCAACAGCGGGGACUUGAUUCGCCUUAAUUUUUUUGAAGUAAACAUUCAAGGUGCAGUUAUUUCGGGUGGGGGGGCUAAAUGUUGCUGCACAAGUGGAAUUUAUUUUUUAAAAUUCUACAAGUUUCUGAGAGCAGAAGUUGUAUCAUGUUGACUCCUGAGGGUUUCUUAUAAAAAAGCUUUGUUUUUUUGAAGGUUGGAAAGCUUAGACACUGAUGUAGUAUGUAGCUGAAAAAUUUUACAAUGAGGUUGUUUGAACCCUUCUGCUAGUGGAGCCUAGGCUGAAUGGCUUUUUACCAGGCUAUAUGCUACUUUCUUUUCUUUUUGCCAACAUAUCGUAUUCUUUAACAUAACAUAGCAGCAAAUGGCUAAGUGCCAAAUUUGUAUCUUUCACCACUGCACAUUGGUGAUUUAUCUUAGACUGUUUUUUUAUUUUCAAAAAUGUUUAGGUAUUUAAAGAUAGAGAUGUGAAAAUUAAUCUAAGCUGUGAUCUGCCCCAUGUCCACCUUUCGACAUUGUAUAAUUUGUUUAUACUUGAUCUUAAUUCUUAUUAUAUCAUCAUUCUAUAGCAUUGUGGCAGUGGACGUAAUGUGUUUUUGCUGUUGUUGAUUUGCUGAAGCUAAAGAUGGAGGGAGGUAUUUUCUGGGCCUCAUUUAAGAGUGUCAUCUGACUUUUAUCUAGAUAACACUGUGCAAUCAUUUCACAUGACAUAAUACAAUAAAACGUGUACAGAGUGUGCAUAACUACCAGAAAAACUAGAGAUGUUUUUCUAUAUGUUGUUGCUGGCUGGAGGAUUCUGACGUCUGUUUUAGUAAAUGACAUCAUGGAGUCACGUGGAAAACCAUUGAUCACAAUGUACAGCAUCAGCUGCAUUGGUUUUCAGCACACAUCAUUCAUACAGGCUUUGAUGCAUUAUAUAACUCAAACUAACUCAGAAACUGUCACCAUAACAGGCUUAUGUACAGCUGACAAGUGUGCAAUACAGAGCAUUUGGAAUUUGAAUAAAAUUUGUACUGAUGGUGGCCGAGAUAUAAAUACAAAGAGAGCGGACAGAGCUGCACAGACGGUCAUGCAUUAUUUAAGUCAUACUAACAAAUAAAAUGCCAUAUCAUCAUUA